AUGCAGGACUAUGAGCAGACAGUGUCAUUCCUGGGGACCUGGGGCCCGUUCCAGAGGAGGAUCUUCUUCCUGCUCUGUCUCACCUCCAUUCCAUGUGGAUACAACCUCCUGUCCGUCAUCUUCCUGUUGGCUAGUCCCACCCACCACUGCCACAUCCCUACCCACAGCAACCUGAGCCAGGCUUGGAUCCAAGCCAGCAUUCCAGUACAGCAUGUGGGCGAGCAGCAGGAGAAGAGCAGCUGUAACCGGUACGAGCUGGACCUGGUCCAGAACCUUUCUGCACUGGGUUACACACCCAACCUGGAAUAUAUCCUGAACCUGACUGAACCAAGUUCAGAUUUCCUCCUCUCCAGCCUAAAGCAGGAGGGCUGUAAAGAUGGAUGGACCUACAGUGCUGAGCACUAUCAAUCUACUGCAGUCACCGAGUUUAAUCUGGUGUGCAGUGACCAGUGGAAACAGCCUCUGACCUCUCUUGCCUACUUCCUGGGUGGAUUGUGCGGAUGCUUCAUCUCUGGACCGAUCUCUGACCGGUUUGGCAGGAAACCUGUUGUCUUUGGUGCCGCCUUCAUGAUUAGCAUCUUCAGCAGCGCAGUGGCCUUUGCUCCAUCCUGGCCCGUCUUUAUUGUGCUCUUCUUCAUGCUGGGCCUGGGACAAAUCGCCAGCUACAUAGUUGUAUUUGUUUUGGGUUCAGAGAUCUUGAUUGGUUCCACUAGAGUCCUCUUCUCCAACCUGGGUUUGCCAUUUGUCUAUGUCUUUGGUAUGAUGCUACUGCCUGGCACUGCCUACCUGGUUAGGAGCUGGAGACACCUGUCACUGAUCAUGGCCGUGCCUGGCCUGGCCUGUUUACCCCUGUGGUGGCUGAUUCCAGAGUCUCCUCGUUGGUUGGUGUCUCAUGGCCGUUCGCAGGAUGCGGAACGUGUGUUAAGGUUGGCAGCUCUGGAGAACCGAGUGGAAGCUCCACAUGUGAUCUUCCUCUCUACCAACACUGAAAAAGCAGCUUGCCAGAAGUCUGAAUCUGAGUCCCUUACCUUCCUGGACCUGCUCAGGACCACAAACAUUCGAUGUAUCUCAAUCAUGUUGUGGCUCAUCUGGUUUUCUAUGAAUGUCAGCUACUUUGGAUUGUCAUUCAACAUGUCUGGUCUCUAUGGCAACCCCUAUCUGAACUACUUUCUGGUGACAGUUGUUGAACUCCCAGCAUAUGCUGCCAGCUGGCUGGCAGCACGUAGUCUUCCUCGCCGCAUUUCGUUCAUUAGCUUCUCCCUGGUGGGGGCGCUAGCAGUGCUCCUCAUCCAAAUCACUCUGCACAGUUAUCCAGUUCUGACCCUGUCCCUAGUACUGCUGGGUAAAUUUGGGGUUCUGGCCGGCAUCGGGGUGUUGUACAGUUACACUGGUGAGCUGUCUCCUACAGUCAUCAGGAACACAGCAAUGUCAUCCUGUGCUACGUUCUCCAGAGUGGGUUCCGCUAUUUCCCCAUACCUGCUGCACCUGGAUGUGUUCUAUGAGUUCCUGCCAUGGAUCAUUGUCGGUGCUCUGUCACUGCUCAGUGUUAUACUUUGCAUCUUCCUGCCGGAGACCUUCAAACAGCCGCUACCUGACACCAUCCAGCAGCUGCCGUCCAUACAGCGGUUCAGGUGGCCAUGGACCUCCACUCCUCCUCCAAAGGAUGAUUUGAAAUCAUCUAAAGACCAGACAACAGCACUUGAGGUCAUCUGCACGACUCGCCUAUAA